AUGAAGAGUUUUCUUGCUAUUAUUGUAUUUGUCGCCCUCUGCUUGCAAACUGCUCAAGCCUUUCCAAUUCAUUUCAACAACAAGCAACAAACAACCAAACACCAACAACAAAAGACCAUGUGCUUCUCCUCCAAAGGUGACGAUUCUAGCGAAGAGAAGGACUUUGAAGUCCAAACAUGGAACCCCUUGCGGUUGGCAGUCCUUAAGCUUGGUAUGACCGAACCGGCAUGGACCAGUUCCUUCAAUUACCAAAAGAAAAAGGGGGUAUUUUCUUGUGCUUACUGUGGCAACGAACUCUUUGACAGUGAAUCCAAGUACGAUUCUGGAAGUGGGUGGCCAUCCUUUUGGAGAUCCAAGCAAGAGGGAGCCAUAGGUUACAAAAUGGAAUUUGGCAAUCGACUGGAAUGUCGAUGCAACAAAUGUGGAGGCCACUUGGGUCAUGUGUUCCUGGAUGGGCCAAAACAAACGGAUGUCCCAAGCUCUCUGUUGCAGACAAGCCCUGCAUCAGAUCCUCGGAGUCAACGAGAAAAUGGGCGAUUGCCUCGAUUCUGUGUCAAUGGUGCUAGUCUUCGACUAAAAGAGGAAGUGCAAGAGCAAUGA